GGGAGCUCUCAUUAAUGGCAAUUCAAGGACAUCACACGCGGUAGGUAACGUAUAGAGAGGGCCACCUAACGCGGUGGGUGACGUAAGCGCCCACCGGUGGCUGACAUAAUCAGGUACGUGCCUCUGGCAAUAGGUACACGGCUGGCUAAAGCAUUGACUACAUAUCGUGACCCACCACAGUCAUGUCAAAAGCAAGCGUCGUCUUGCUCAGUGUCAGCGAUUUCUCAUUCGGACGUCUGUCGCGCAUGCACUUGGACUUACCGGUGAGGCGCAAGAUGUGGCCGGCUGCGGGCCUGAUUGGAGGGCCGCAGUGUGGCUUAGAGCUCAUGCAGCAUGCACCAGCUUCGAGAACUGCUCCCGGUCGAGGCUUCUUCUGCUUCUUUCGAUACAUAGGCCCCGGGUUUACUGCUCGUCGGAGAUCGCUUUGUCACUACAUAUUUCCUUGCAAUACCGUGAGUUGCGACAUCGCUCUUCAAAGUUCAAUCUUCAAAGACAUCAUUUCGCAACAUCGUGCGAUAGAGCACUAUUCGUCGAAGCUUCAUCGACCACAUUGGCAGUCUUCGUGAUAUCGUGUAUAAUGACAUCGUAAUUUCGAUACAGACCGUCGCUUUACUUUGAUCAGCG